AUAUACAUAUAGUUAUAAAUUAAUUGAAUAUUAUGGUUUACAGGAGUAAUUAUGACGAAGAUACCUAUGGAGAUACCAACUGUUCCACCUAGUACGUAUUUUUUUUUGUAGUUUGGCUGAAUAAGUAGUGUCAUCAUUUUAUUUUCAAAUUUGUACUAACAAAAUUCGUGUGCUCGGAACCAAAAAGUGAUAAAUAUUUUUUUUAUUAAAAUAUACUUUUUACAAAAUAUUAUAUUGAAACGGUACAACACAUAAUAAAAUGGUCCUACUCAAUGCUACCAAGAAGCCAACAUGGCAACAUACAUCAAAAACCUGGCAGAACCACUCGAUUACGUAAACAUAAGGUUAAGUGAGUGCGAUACACAAGCAAGUCAAAACCAACCAACGUUGACAGUAAAAGCGUAAGGAUUUACAGAUUACUGACUAUACUGACUCGUGAUUUAUGUUUAUUGCUACAUUAUUGCUUAUUGGCAUAGCCAGCAGUCAAGUUUGAAUCACGAAGGAGAGACUAUAAUAUCAGUCCACAGUCAUAACUACAUUUUUAAGGAACAUAAUUAUUCGAUUUACUAUACUUAGGUAUAGUAACCUACAUUAUGGAUCAAUAAUAAUAAUAAUUAUACAUUUUGUUUCACUCCUACUCCGCUACUCAUGUAAUCUUCAAAAUACCGCCCUUAAGAACAGGGGUACUCAGGUAAUAGUGUACUUUAUAAUAUUAUUACUAUCUCAAUCAUGUGAAUAACCUUGUAAUGGACGUCGCUAUAUCGUGUUUGAUUAUGUUAGUAUAUGGACGGGGGUCAUAAGUUUCUAAGAUCUGUAAUAUGUAACUUAGAAAACUUUAUUUAUAUCGAUUCAACAAUGAACAACCGGCUUCACAAGACCGGUUCGUGUAGUGGGAAUAGUUUACCAACAGCCCCUUAGCCCUGAAUCGAAUUAAGUCUAAAUAUUGACAGCCACUUUGUUUGAAUAAACAAGGAAGGCAACGCGCAUGGAUUAAACCAGAGCUUGAAAGUGGUUACCGGUUAACAUUUCUAUUUUCUACCUACCUAUAACAUAAAAUAUCAUUGGUUGGUAUUGACGGUAUAUUCGAUAGUCCCGAUCUCUCUCAUCGUAUAUUUUACUGGAAAAUCUAAAAACAGCUUAACAACUGCAAUUUGUUCUCUGUUUCUGAUAGGGCACGGGUACAAAUGUGUAGUGAAAUUUUUUUUAAUACAAUCAGUAUUCAAUGCGUUACAGGUGACAGGCAUAUUGUGGAAUUAGUAAUCACUUUAUCAUUAACCUGUAGUUUUGAAUAUAGUACCGGUUAUUGGUUAUCACUAAAAACGGGCUCAGUUUAAAACCUGUAAUAUGUAACGCAGGGAUUCCCAACCGCCGUGCCGCGGCGCAUAAGUGUGCCGUGAAAUUAUUUGGGUGUGCCGUGUAAUUUGUGUCUUACAUUGUAAUUGUGUAAUAGAAAUCUCCUAAAAAUAAAAAUUGAUAAAAUGUCCACAUGGAAAGACACAGCUAUUAUUAUACAUUCGAUAAUACCCGAUACGCCCGAUACUGGUAUUACAAGCAGUCAUUAAGCAACUGUUCCUCAGUUUAGUGAUAAUCGUGCGCGUGUUAUUACGUAACGGCCGUAACGUGUUAAUGUUGAUCAAGAAAUAUUGUACUUAAAUUUAAAAAUGGAUAGAUUUGUAAAAAAGCUUAAAUUAACGAAUGAUGUUAAUGCUAAUGUAAAUGACAACAAUUUAAAUUUAGAAAUUAAUAUUAAACAAUCCACUUCAAUAAGUGAUAAAAGUUUAAAUUUUAAAGUUAAACGUAAAUAUACUGAUGAUUAUUUAUGUUUUGGAUUUACGUGGAAUGGCAAUACUGACUGUCCUUUACCUAUUUGUAUCGUUUGUGGUGAAAAGUUAAGCAAUGAAGCAAUGGUACCCAAUAAAUUGAAAAGGCAUUUAACAACAAUACAUCCGAGUGAGUCAUUAAAAACACGACUAUAUUUUGAACGUCUUCUGAAUUCAUAUAAAAGAGCUGCAUCUGGUAUGGUAAAAAGAGUGAUUAUAUCUGAUAAAGCUCUUGAAGCAUCAUUUAAAGUCACAGAACUGAUGGCUAAAAAUAUGAUCUCUCAUGUUAUUGGCGAAAAAUUAAUAGGACCUGCCUGUUUAGUUGUGGUUGAAUCAAUGUUAAGUAAAGAAUCUAAAGAUGUUAUAUCCAAAGUUCCACUUUCCAACAAUAUUAUUAGCCGGCUAAUAAAUGAAAUGGCUGAUGAUAUUAAUGACAUUGUUUUAGAAAAAUUAAAAAUCAAAAAUUAUUUUCAUUACAAAUAUACAAGAGUAUUGAUAGAACUUCUAAAGCUCAAUUACUAGGUUUUGGCAGAUUUGUUGAUAAUUCUAAUACUGUUGAGCAGCUUUUAUUUUUUAAAGAAUUAAAGUCGACAACAACAGGGAAGUACAUAUUUUGCGUACUAAAUAAUUUUUUUGAAAAAUCUGGAUUAUCGUGGAAUUAUUGUUGUGGUAUGUGCACUGAUGGAGCUCCGUCAAUGACCAGAACAUAAAAAGGUUUUGUUACUCUCGCUAAAAUUAAAAAUCCAGCAAUGAUUAUAACACACUGUUUUAUUCAUCGAAAAACUUUGGUUGCAAAAACAUUAGGAGAAAAAAUGUUAAAAGUCUUAAAUUAUGUUAUUAAAAUUGUGAGUUACAUUAAAUCUCGGCCAUUGAAAACAAGGAUCUUUGAAACUAUUUGUAAGGUAAUGGCUUUAGAUCAUAUAAAUGUAUUGCUACACACAGAAAUAAGGUGGGUAUCACAAGGUCAAGUGUUUAAUCGAGUUAUUGAAUUGAAAGAAGAGUUAGAAUUAUUUUUUGAAAAAAAAAAUCUCCCAGUAUACAAACAUUUUUUUCGAAAUGAAAACUGGUGUUAUAUGUUGGCAUACUUGGCUGAUAUAUUUAAAAAACUAAAUUAUCUUAAUGCGUCAAUGCAAGGGACCUCAGGAAACAAUAAUUUCUUCAACGAAUAAAAUCAGAAGGUUCAAAUACAAAAUUGUAUUUUGAAAAUCUUCAAUAAUUAAAGGAGAUUUUUCAAAUUUUCCAACGUUUUCAAAAUUAACGAUGGGGAAAUCCAAUAUAAAAGAACUACCUACAACAACUUAUAAUUGAACAUCUUAUAUUACUCGAAGAAAAAAUUGAACAUUAUUUUCUAUCAUUGACAACAUCUGCAGAUUGGGUCGUGUUGCCAUUUUUACAGACAAUGUGAAUGAACUUGAUCUUACCAAUGACGAAAAGAAUGAAUUCAUUGAUAUGUGUUCUAGUUCUACUAUCUGAAUAUUAUUUAAUAGUCAGAAAAAUAACAUAGAUUCCUUCUAGUUAAAUUUAGAUUCAGAAUAUCCAGCUAUUUCUCAGAAAGCGAUACUAUUGUUAUUACCAUUUUCCACAUCGUAUCUUUGUGAACAGGCAUUUUCUGCUCUGAACAAUAUAAAAACAAGUAGUAGAAAUAGUUUGAAAAAUGUUGAACCUGAUUUGUGUCUUGAUGUUUCAACUGUUUCACCCCGAAUAGAGGAAUUAUGUAAAAAAUACCAGUGUAAAAUAUCACAUUAAAUUUGUAUCAUUAAAAUAAUAAAUAAAAACAAUUUACUUUAUAUCAAUAUGACAUUAUGUAGGUAUAUUCAUUAUUAUUUAUUUGUGUGCCGUGAAAAUUUUUAAAAUUAUCAAGUGCGCCGUAUACUAUAGUGUGUAUACUAGUGCAGUUGGAUGGAAAACGCUAUUAGACACAACGUCUACUCGUUAGUGCCGUCCGCCGCCGACAACAACAAGGAUCCAGGAUCGUUCAGAGAACCGCCGCUGACCCAGGCGCAACGCCAGGACGUUAGCGCCAUCCGCAGCCGACUACCAACCACAGAUCCAGUACCAUUCAACCCGAUCAUCCGUGUCGACAAGCCCCCAGCUGAGGAGAAGGACGUCACACAUCAUCAUCGUCAUUAGGUACCAUCAGGUUGAUUUAAGCCACUAACUAUGAGUUUUUCAACCAAUAUUAUAAAAUUGUAUAACACUAAUAAAAGAAAAUAUUGUAAAAAACUAUUGUCAAAUACUGUAUUUUAUGAAAUAAUAAUAAAUAACUGAUUUAUAUGAACUAAUCAGUUUACUGAGUUCUAUGUUAGUUACUAACAGGUAUACAACUUUUUUCGAUUAAUUUAGUAACGGUUUUAAGCCCUGAUUUAAACACAACAGAUUUUAAACAUAGAGUACAUUAAUCAAAUACAUAGAGUCACAGUAGACUGAUCGCUCAAUAUUUGUCAGCAUAUCAUUGCAACAUUAACCAGAGUCAAAAGAGCCCGGACCUCCUUGUAACCUUUGCUAUACUACCAAAGAUAAGUUCGUUAAAAUUUCAAUAUUUAAAAUAUUAUAAUACACUAAUUUAUUAUUAUUUAUACUUAAUAUAAUUAUAUACUACCAAUAUUAUUAUAUGAGCUGUCAGAGCCUGAGAUUUAUGACCAAUUGGAAGAAAACCGAGGCCAAAUAUACAGAGCCAAUAAUUCAUGACCAAUAUCUAAAAACAACCAGUAUUAAAAAACCACUUAAAAGAUUACAAAGGAAAUAAAAUUACAACCAAGUACUUCCAUAUCACGCUCUCGGCCGAACAGCACAAAGAAAAGCAAGCACAGGAUAUAUCUCUCAUAUAUAACACAAAUGCAUUAACCGUUCACUUAUAUUACCAAGAUUCAGAUGAAAGUAUUUUAUGUCCAAUAAAAAAAAACUAGAGAUUUGACAGUCAUUUAAAACAAUGGUAGGUAUACGAAAGGAGAUAAUACAGUUAUACAAAUUUUAAAUUGCUCUCCUGAAUAAUUUGAUAUUUUUAAGUAUUUUAAAGCAUACCUUUUGGUUCCAAUCCAACGAAAUAAAAUACUUAAAUACUUAUAUCCAUAUCUAUAUUAUCUUUUAAAUAAUUUUUAGAUAUAUUAUGUAGAUAUUAUUUUUGUCU